AAAAAAGGUGAAUAUCAGCGUGAAUACAUAUCAACUCCUCAAUCUUGCAUAACCUACGAUUUACUGUGUCAUUUAGUUCAAAGAUCUUGUAAUAUUCAGUGAAUUCAAGCAUUAAUAUCUAGGUUGACAUUAUUUUUAAUUUGAAGAAACGUAAAAUAAGUACAGAAUCGCAAAUAUGUUCAAGAAUGGAACAUUGAAACUGAGUUGUAUAGGUAGUACUUCAAUGACUACUCUCAGAUUUUUAUCAUCACAAACUGCAGGUACAAGUAAAGAUGUGGGUGUCAAAUUCAAUAAUCAAAAUCGAAAGCCAAUUGUGUUACCAUCUGAACCAAUGCCAUCACUCCCAUUUCCUACUAUGCCACAUCCUUUGCAGACCCCUGUGAUAGAAAUACCAGGUCCUAUUGCUGAACCUUCUCUUCCCCAAACUGAACCCGAAUCCGAACCAAAUUCUAAACCACCUAUUGAAAUUCCAGUGCCAAAUAAAAAUGUGCAAGCUAAUACUGAAGAUGAUGUAUUGAUUAAAGAUAUUGGGAACAAAGGUAUUAUAACAUUAAAUCGUCCAAAAGCCCUAAAUGCCCUAAAUUUAUCAAUGAUUGAAAAAAUAUAUCCAGUACUUAAGAAAUGGAACUUAUCUAAGAAAUUAGUAAUAAUAGAAGGUGCAGGUGAAAAGGCAUUUUGUGCUGGCGGUGAUGUAAAGUCCAUUGUUAUUGCUAUGAGAGCAAACAACAAAACUGGGGGUGAAACAUUUUUCAGGAAAGAAUAUACCUUAAAUGACUUGAUUAGUACAUAUAAAAUACCAUAUGUGGCCCUAAUAAAUGGGAUAACUAUGGGGGGUGGUUGUGGAAUAUCUGUUCAUGGUAAAUAUCGAGUUGCAACAGAAAAAACUUUAUUUGCAAUGCCAGAAACAGCAAUAGGAUUUUUUUGUGACGUUGGUGCAUCAUAUUUUCUACCUAGAUUAAAAGGCAAAUUGGGACUUUAUCUUGGAUUAACUGGAGAUAGAUUAAAGGGUACCGAUGUAUUAUAUGCUGGUAUUGCAACCCACUUUGUUCCUUCCGAGAAGAUACCAGAUUUAAAGCAAGAUUUAUUGACAAUGGAUUUACCUAAUGUUACGGAAGUCUUAAACAAAUAUCAACCUCAAAAUUUGAAUAAAGAGUUUUGUUUAGCACCAUACAUGAACCAAAUUGAUGAAUGCUUCUCUGCAUCUUCUGUAGAGGAAAUAGUGGAUAGAUUGAAACAAGAUAACUCAGAGUGGGCUAAAAAAACCUUACAAACAUUGUUACAAAUGUCGCCCACUUCUCUGAAAGUUACAAUGUCUGCUAUUCAGAAAGGAGCUACUCUCAGUUUGGCAGACUGUUUAAAGAUGGAAUUCAAAUUAGCAUGUAAUUAUGGUUUAAAGAAAAAUAGUGAUUUUUGCGAAGGUGUUAGAGCCCUUUUAAUCGAUAAAGAUCAGAAGCCAACCUGGAAUCCACAAAGUUUAGGUGAAGUUACUGAUGCAUAUGUAAAUCAGCAAUUCGCAAACUUGGAAGAAAAAGAAUUGGCAAUUUGAAAUUAUUUAAAAAUG